CUCCACUGCUCAACGGUCUCUUUGUGAUCCUCGGACCUCAGUUUGGGUAGCUCCACCUCAACAGACAUCCUUCCUGAUUGGAGUGCGCUCCUCCAUAAAUAGAAGCCAGAGUGCGAGCGACGUAAAAACAGUUUGACAGCCAAACUUCCACUGUAAUAUCUUACAUUAAAAUGGAGAAGAAAUGCUGGAUUAUUUUAGGUGUGGGUGUCGUCGCUGGGCUGAUUCUGAUUGUUGCAGUUCCGUUGGGAGUGAUGUUCUGGCCACUGAAGCCAACUUUCAUUGAUAGAUGUAAAGAGCUCAAUGGAUAUGACUGUGAAAAGCUGUGGGGUGCAUUUGAACAAGCCUAUGUGGGGCGCGACCCUCGUAAAGUUCCCACAGCAGCCUAUACACCUUUCACUGAUGCAGUCAACUUCAAUGCUGAACCCAACAAACUGAUGUUCUGGAGCAGAACGAAGGAUGUGGUCCAUGCCUUCACUGAGAAGAAGAAAGAUUGUUUUCUCACAGUGGAGGACACUGCGUUGGGAUAUAUGCUGGAUGGUCUGACCUGGUGUGGAAAGGAGGGUAGCACCAAAACAUUCCGUAAAAUCGGCUGCCCAGGAUGGGAAGAGAACAACGCUGUUGGCUCAUUCUGGAAAAGAGUCUCAGCUGCUUUUGCAGAUGCUGCCUGUGGUGAUGUCACAGUAAUGCUAAACGGAGACAUCGACACACCAUUCAAUCCUACAAGUGUAUUUGCGAGCAUCGAGAUGAAGGGGUUCGACUCCUCCAGGGUGAAAAGCCUGACUGUUGUUUUGGUCACAAGGAAGAGCGCUGUGACAACCUGCACAAAUGCAUCUUUAAAGGAUUUACAGAGAGAGCUGAAACCAGGAAUUACAUAUAACUGCAAGGACGUGACUGAAGCUAAGCUCCAGGAGUGUAGCUCCAAUCCAGGCUGUGGAGCCUGUUGGUGAAGACGUGUGAACUAAUUAUCAGAAAUAUAUGAGACACAAUAAUAACCAGCUGUUAAAAAGAAGAAGAAAGUAAUAAGAAAUAAUAUGCUAUUGCGGAAUAUUCUUUUUCUACCUGUGGGCCAGUUUGACUUAAUGUGAAAUGGUUUUUUUUAUAUAGAAAUGUCAAUUUUUUUACAAUAUGACAACGCACCUUUUUAUUUUUAGCUUUUUAUCGAAUCUAAAAGAUCUGUGGUAACGUGCCAUAUACUGUAGGGUAAAGUACCAGUGCAGCUCUAGCAUUUACCCUCUUACAAAACUUAAUUAAAUAUUAAAUAGUUAUCCAAGUUAUCUAUUUGUACAACAACAACAACAACACUGAGGGUUCCAUAUUCAGGGAUUGCACGUUAUGUAAAACUCUUUUAUACCAACUUAAUUUAUUAAUGAGAUAACAAAAUAUGAACAAGACCAUUAUA